GUGCUUCUCUGCACUUUCCAAAUGGUCACAGUGAACCCGCGUUGCAUAAGGUAACGGGGAGGAUGUCAUCCACUAGGAGUGCUGGUGGUGAAUGAGGCGCUUUGUCUGGGUUUGGAAGAAAUAUCUCCUCAAGUCACUUAGGCAGCUGUGGUGGACCCCAAAGAUGGGCUCAGGUUUGCUGAGCACCUACUAUGCGUCAGACGUCGUGUUCUAGGUAAGGGGGAUACAUCUGAUGGAAGAAGGUGCUUCCCUAGACGUAGCUUACAUCCCAGUGUGGGAGAUGACAAGAAACAGCAAACUCCCCACAACAGCCUCCUCAACGCUGCCUCCCACAGUGCUUGGACAAAAUAAUUACAGCAAGGAGCGGGCACUCCUUAUAUAGGACAUCCCAAUGCAGGUGGAGAAACUGAGGGAGAGUUGGAGGUUCCUUGCCCUCGGUGAUGCGGUGUGAAGGCCUCCAGGCACCAGCCCCGCCGCGUGAGCCGCCGCGUGCACCGCUUCUCGCGGACCCCAACCGAGCCGCACUUCUCGCGCCGCUACUGCGGGUUUCCGCGGCGCCGGUGUUUUUGUUCCUGGCGCGGCGCGUUUUAGUCGUUCAGGCCGAAUCAAGCGAAGGCGGAAAAGCGGCGCGCAGCCCGCGUCAGCUGCAGUUUCGUCCUCCUGGUUCCCGGUGCGCUAACAAAGGCAUUUGCAUGAAAACAGGAACCCCGUUUGCAGAAAGGACCCGUUGGCGGGGUGCAUCGUGCGCUCCAGUGCCCUACCGCUGCGCCCCCUUCCCCAGGUGGGGAAGAAGCGAAGUGUGGAGACUGGCCCAAGACACGGCUCGGCCGGCGGGGACUGGGACGCUGCGGCCCGAGCGACCCCCUUCUCUGCCCCCUUCCCAGGCCGGCGGAAACGGCCGUCUCGGGCGUGGGCGCGCUUCUGCAGACUCAUCCGGACCUUUUACCCAGGCGUGCGGCUAGUGCGCCCGGGGCCUCGGGGAGCCGGCGCCUGCGUGCGGAUUGCAGCGGAGCGGAAGAAGCGGCGGCAGUGGCUCCUUCAGCACUGGGGCGCAGCCUCCGGGCUCGCCCUGCGCCACUCUGGGCCUCGGUCUCUUCGCAUGUUCGACAGGGACGCAAGAAUGUCACAACGCCUAUCUGCAGGGGGAGGCGGGCUUCCCAGAGGCGUGCCGGCGCGUGGCUCGCAGAGAGGCUCCCUGAAUAUCCGCUCCGUUGGCCCUUUCCAAAGCUUUUCCUUAGCCGCUUCUCCUUUGGCCCUUUCCAGAGCUUUUCCUUAGCCGCUUCUCCUUUGAAACCCUCGUUUUCCCCAGCAGCCCUUGGAGGCAGGCCUUAGAAUCAGCCAUUUCUCCAGGGAGCCUGGUUCCUUUCACCGGAGAAUGUUAUUAGAAACAGAUCUGAAUGCUGGACAGCCCUUCAUCUCUCUGACUGGUCCAUCUCAGAGGACAAGCCCUGGAGACUCGGUGCCUUUCAACUGUACUGCUGGCCCCUUCAACUCCAAGGACUUCUCCCGGGACUUCAGUGUUACCUGGUUGAAGGACAGUGAUGAACAUCCAGCCUCAGCUCAGCGCCUGGUGCCUGACAAUGAAGGCAAUGACUUCAUCACCAGCAAGGCAUGGGUGACACUGACCCGACAGGAUGUCUCAUCUGAGAUCACCUGCGAAGUCACCCAUAGGGCCCUGGUAGAGCCCCUGAAAACAACCAUGAAUCUCUCCCAAGUGCUCCGAGUUGUCCCCACCCUGAAGAUCACCACUGAAACCUCUGGGACCCGUGUACGUGUGCAAGACAGAGUGAAUCUCACCUGCCAUGUCCUCCACUUCUAUCCCGCCCACCUGCGACUCACCUGGAUGGAGAACAGGCGCAUGAUCCAGACCCUGGCGUCCCCUCAGGCCACCAGAAAUCGAGAUGGGACAUACUCUCUGGAGCACACGUGGCAGGCAGAGGUCACGCCGGAGGAGCGUGAGUUUGCUUGCUGGGUUGUCCACGAUGAGCAGCCCCCGCUCAAGGCCAAUGUCACCCUGCAAGGCCAGGUGCACAGGCAGGGGAAAGGCCGGAGUGUGCAGCCUUACAAGUUGCAAGGCCCCCUUCAGCGAUCUGAGCCCGGCACAAGGAUCCGAUUGACCUACACAUCCUCAGGGUUCGCAACACACCAGGUUACUGUGACCUGGCUUAAAAACAAACACGAGCUCCCAAACCCUCAGACCAGCAUCCAGUACAGUGGACACACCUACAAUGUGACCAGCAGUGUGCUUGUCCUGCUGACGGAUGAUGAUGUAUUCUCCCACGUCAUUUGCCACGUUGAGCACAAGUUGACGCUGUUUUUCCAGAAAACCAUUGGCCUGGACCAGUACCUCCGGGUUCCCCCUACAGUGACAGUGUUCCAGUCUUCCACCUCCUCCAGCUUGGUGGCCGUUACUUGCCUUGUGCAAAGAUUCUAUCCACAAAACGUGCACCUCACCUGGCUAGAGGAUUGCCAUACACUCAAAGGUGCUGAGCAACCCACAUUCAAGAAGAAUGAUGAUGGGUCCUACACCCUGGAAAACCUGCUGCUGGUGAAUGCAUCAGUGCGGGGGCCUGAGCGGGUGCUUACCUGCAUGGUGGAACAUGAGGGACAGCCUCCCAAACGGGCCAACCUCAUACUGUCCACAAGAGCCCACACUGCUUAUAAGCCCAUUGGGAGCACAGGUCCAGAGAUGCCUGCCCUUAUCUUUGUGGUUUUCCUCCUGGGCCUCAAGGUGCUGCUGGUGAUGAGUUUCACAGCGACCUACAUCUGCAGGAGGUGGAACCUGUGACAGCCCCUGCAUGCCCUGUGAUACAUUACUUCCAGCCUUCUCGAAGGGGUUCAAGCGGGGAGAAGCUGCAAGGACUUAUAGGUCACUAAAGACCCCUUUAUUCCGUCCCUGCCACCCCCAUCGCGGACACGCUCCCUUCCGCACACCCUCCUGAUGUUCCUUCCCUCAGAGCUUUGGAGCUGAGUCAGGGACGGAUUUUCUUCAUAAGGAUUCCAGGGAUGUCUUGACCCUCAUGUACUGAGCUUCGAAUUGGCCCUGCUUCCACCCAAGAGAAUUAAGCUGAUCAUUCUACCCUGGUCAUGAACAAUCCUUAAUUUUCAGAGCAGUUUUUACUUUUGUGCAGGGUUUUUGAAGAUAUGAUUUCAUUUGAACACACAUAUAUUUUGAAAUCACUGGUAAGUUGCAUAAGCAUUUUUCUCUUCUGAAAUGUAAAGAAAAAAUACAAGCAAUACCCAAGGACCUACCAUCCUAUCUUUUAAAAAUAGUAACAUUUGCCAUUAUGAUCUUCAGUUCUUUAAAAAAAAAACAAAAAAAAAAAAAAAAAAAAAAAAACACUGUUCUGAAUUUAUCAUUCUUAAGCAUGAUUUUAUAACUUUAUAACAUAUGUAUAAAUCCUUAAGCAAUGUAUAGUAUUUUUACGUUUUUAACAUUAUAUAAAUGCUAUGAUACUGUACACAGCACUCUGGAACUUUAUUUUUUAUGCUUAACACAAUUUGUGAGGUUUAUUCCUGUUGAUAUGUGGAGCUACAUUUUAUUAAUUUUGCACGGUUCUGUGGUCUUCUCUUGUAAGAAUAUGCCACAAUUUAUCAAUUCUUCUCAAGACAGAUUUUGAAGCUUCAUUCAGUGUUUUGCUAGUACAACUUUGCAGCAAACAUUCUUAUAUUUGUUUCCCUGGGCAUGUGUGGGAGAGUCCGCCUUGUUCCUCUAGCUUGGUGCACAAAGCUGCAGUAUUCGUAUGAUUUGGGAGCUUUUGUUAUGUAAAAAAAUUUCCAAUUGUUGCUUAAGUUUUACUCUUUCCAUUUAUCCCUUUCAUCUCGCUAUGUCUGUCUCUCUCUCUCUCUCUCUCUCUCUGUGUGUGUGUAUACAUAUAUAUAUAUAUAAAAUAUUUUUGAAUGUUUAUUGCAUUUUUAAAAUAGAUACCUUUUAGGAAGUUAAAGAGUUAAGGAGUUUUCCUUUCUUCUAUGCUGAUAUUAACAUAUUUUAAAAUCAAACAAAAGCAAAGAAAUCACCAGCAGACUCGAAUUAUAAGAAAUACUAGUGGACACCCUACAGGCACAAAGAAAAUGACACCAGGUAUAAAUCUGGAUCCACACAAAAGAAUGAAGAACAGAAAAAGUAAAUAGAUGCAUAAUCUUAAGACAUUUAAACAAAACUCUAUAGAUGAUAAGUGAAUGUUUAAAACUAAAAAUAAUAAUAAUGCAAUGUGGAUGUUAUGAUAAUAACGCAUCAAUAUCAUAUAAUACCUGAAACAAUGGCACAAAGGCUGGGAGCGGGAAUUGGAUGUACACAGCCAGAGUAUUCCUAUACUAUACAUACAGUGGUAUAAAUAUUGGGACUUCUUUUUCAGGAUCACUGUAUAAUUUUAUAUUUUUCAUGUUGUCUUUUAUGCCAUUUACAAACAGCUUUGUUUUUUUAAUAUAAACCUUGUGCGUUUUUAUUAAAUUUAUCUUUUUAAGACUUAAAUGUAAGAUCUGGAAUUACAAAAAGAAGAAAACUUGGGAAAAGCUCUUCUGGACACUGGCUGAGGCAAAGACGGAGUCUCACUCCAUCGCCCAGGCUGGGGUGCAGUGGUGUGAUCUCAGCUCACUGCAACCUCCACCUCCCAGGUUCUAGCAAUUCUCCUGCCUCAGUCUCCCAAGGAGCUGGGAUUACAGGCACGCACCACAUCUCGCUAUAUUUUUCUGGUGGUGUGUGUGCACACGUGUGUGUAUGCAUUACAGAUGGUAGGAAUCUUACGUGUUUUACAGGUGGUAGGAAUCUUAUCUUUUUUCUAGAAGGAUUAAUUAUCCAGCACUCCCUGAUGUUCACUGCCACCUUUGCUGUAUAGCGAGUGUCUAUAAAUCUGUGGUUCCUUUGAUGAGCUCUUUGUUCCGCUGAUCUACUGGUCUAGCUCUCUGUCAAUACAGGCAAAUUAAAUUGUGCUUCACUUUACUGCACUUCACAGAUGCUGCGUUUUUCGCAAAUUGACGGUUUGUAGCAACCCUGCAUCGAGCAAGUCUAUUGGUGCCAUGUUUCCAACAGCAUGUGCCCAAUCCGUGUCUCUGUCACAUUUUAGUAAUUCUUGCAAUAUUUCAAAUUAUAAUAAUUAUAUCUGAUAUCUGUGAUUAAUGA